AUGUCUAGUACCGUGCCAACGAGUUCUGCUCUGAGGGCUUUGGCCUUAGAAUACAAAAGUCUACAAGAGGAACCCGUCGAAGGGUUUAGAGUAAAACUGUUGGGAGAGGACAAUUUGUUUGAGUGGGAAGUGGCAAUAUUUGGACCGCCCGACACUUUGUACCAAGGUGGAUAUUUCAAGGCACACAUGAAAUUCCCUUCGGAUUAUCCAUAUUCGCCACCCACAGUGAGGUUUUUAACAAAAGUGUGGCAUCCCAACGUAUAUGAGAACGGCGACCUCUGCAUAUCGAUCCUUCAUCCGCCAGUCGACGAUCCCCAAUCGGGGGAACUCCCGUGCGAGCGCUGGAACCCGACGCAGUCCGUCCGCACCGUUCUUCUAUCUGUGAUCUCUCUUCUGAACGAGCCGAACACGUUCAGUCCAGCUAAUGUUGACGCGAGCGUCAUGUACCGCCGCUGGCGCGAUUCGAAAGGAAAGGACAAGGAGUACGAGAACAUCAUUAGAAAACAAGCACAAGUCGCGCGCAUGGAAGCGGAAAAGGAAGGAAUAGUAGUGCCACUUACGUUAGAAGAUUAUUGCAUUAAAACUCAAGUCAAGGCAACGACGCAAGAACCGCAGCUGGACAUGACAGACUUCUACGAUGACGAUUAUGACCUCGACACAGACUCGGAGGACGAAAUCGAAGGCGGGGAGGGGGACGGUGAUGACAGCGGCAACGGGGAGUCGUGA